CUUCACUCGCGAUAUUCGUGCAACUGUGGUGUAACCUGGGUGUAACACAUCACAUAUCAGCUAACUAAGCUAAAGCUAGGCUAACUAGCUGCUACAGAGUGACAUGUAGUUAACUUUACACUCAGUCUCAAUAAAGGAGCUUCCUGAGUGAUUGGGACAUGGAGUUAAGAAAUAUCAAGGACCAGUCUCCAUUGGUCCAGGCUAUAUUCAGCCGGAACGCAGAAGAAGUGACAUUUUUGUUGAACCAUAAUGAAGAUGUCAAUUCACUGGACCAAGUACAAAGCACACCCCUUCAUGCUGCUGCUUAUUUGGGUGAUGUCAACACUAUGGACCUACUUAUUACUUCAGGUGCAAAUGUCAACGCUAAGGACCAGGGUUUGCUGACUCCUUUACAUCGAGCAGCCGCCUCGCGAAAUGAAAAAGCUGUGGAGUUGCUACUAAAGCACAGAGCAGAGGUUAACACACAGAACAAGUACUUGCAUACACCGUUACACAUGGCAGCUGCAAAGUGGGCCAUAGGCUGCGCUCAAGCUCUGAUACCACAUGUAUGCGGCCUGGAUGUUGCAGACAGGUCAGGAAGGACACCACUGCAUCAUGCAGCGCAUAGCGGCCAUGAAGAGAUGGUGAAUUUGCUCUUAAGCAAAGGUGCCAUGGUGAGUACCAAAGAUAAAAAGGAAAGACAGGCAAUCCACUGGGCUGCAUACAUUGGCCAUGUGGAGGUUGUGAAGCUGCUGGUGUCUCACGGUGCGGAUGUGAUGUGCAAGGACAAAUGUGGUUAUACUCCGCUCCACGCCGCAGCUGCCAGUGGACAGUUAGACGUGGUCAAAUAUCUAUUGAAACUGGUGGUGGAGACUGACGAACCUAACAUUUUUGGGAACACAGCGCUCCACAUGGCCUGUCACAGGGGGCAGGACGCUGUGGCCACUGAGCUGGUGAACUGUGGUGCCAACAUCAAUCAGCCCAACCACAACGGCAGCACGCCGCUGCAUCUGUCUGCCGCCUCCUCCAGCGGGGUGCUGUGCCUCGAGCUGCUGAUCAACAAUGGUGCUGAUGUCAACGUGCAGAACAAGGAAGGAAAGAGCCCUCUGCACAUGGCUUCUAUGCACGGACGGUUCACGGGCUCCCAGAUUCUGAUCCAAAAUGGCGGGGAGAUUGACUGUGCUGAUAUGUUUGGAAACACUCCUCUUCAUGUUGCUGCCAGAUAUGGUCAGGAGUUGCUGGUCAGCACUCUGCUGACAAACGGUGCUGACAAGACCAGACAGGGGAUUCAUGGGAUGCUUCCGCUUCAUUUGGCGGUGCUCUACGGGUUUCCAGACUGUUGUCGAAAGUUACUGUCCAAUGGCAAUUUUUACAUCAUGCCGUCUCAAGUGCCAUCAACUGGGGAUGAUAUAAACUUCUCAGACGACCACGGAAGGACUUGCCUGCAUGCUGCUGCUUCUGGAGGAAAUGUUGACUGUCUGAACUUGCUGUUAAAUAGUGCUGCUGCUGAACUGGACGUAAAAGAUCAUUUGGGACGAUCUCCUUUGCACUAUGCUGCAGCUAACGGUAACAGCCAAUGCACCAUCUCCCUGGUGAGAGCUGGCGCUGAUGUCAAUGAGCUGGAUCUGACGGGCUGCAGCCCUCUGCACUACGCUGCUGCUUCACACACCUUUUGUGGAGAGGAAACAAACUCUGAGACUGACCACAGUGACGGAAAGGAACAAGAAGCUUCUCUGUGUUUAGACUUCUUGCUUGACAGUGGGGCGAACCCAACUCUGAAGAACAGUAAGGGUUACAGUGCUGUCCACUACGCAGCUGCUUAUGGGAACAAACAGCAUCUGGAACUGCUCCUGGAGAUUUCGUUCAACUGUCUAGAAGAGGUUGAAAGCAAUAUUCCAGUCAGUCCUUUGCACUUAGCUGCGUAUUAUGGUCACCGUGAGGCACUGCGGUUGCUUUGUGAGACGUUGGUGAGUCUGGAUGUGCGGGACAUUGAAGGCAGAACUGCCCUCCACCUGGCUGCUCAGAGAGGUUUUGCCCCAUGUGUGGAGGUGCUGCUGAAGCAUCAAGCCUCUUACACACUGAAGGAGCACAAACGCAAGUGGACAACUCUACAUGCUGCAGCUGCUGAGGGCCAAAUGGACUGUCUGCUUUUAUUGGUCAACGGGGAACAAAGUAGCGAGAUCAUCGACAGUCCAGAUACACAGGGACAGACGGCUCUCAUGCUGGCAGCUUUGGGACGGCACACCGACUGUGUCCACAUCCUGUUGGAGAAAGGAGCAAAGGUUGAUGCUGCAGACAAAAAGGGCUUUACUGCAUUACAUAGAGCUGCCAUGUUGGGCAGUGAGGACUGUGUAUCUGCUCUGUUGGAACAUGGGGCCUCUGCUCUGUGUAGAGACUCUCAGGGAAGGACCCCGAUGCACCUUGUAGCGUCCCGCGGCCACACGGAACUACUUCGAACUUUGCUAAAGGCUGCUAUGAAAGUUGACCCUCUGGAUUCCAUAUUGGACUACAGAGGCUACACGCCCACCCACUGGGCUGCCCACCACGGGCGUGAAGGAUGUUUACACAUUUUACUUGAAAACAAACUUUUUAGCAACCAGGAGGGAAAUCUCUUCACCGCAUUGCACUGUGCUCUAGUUAAUGGACAUGAUGUUGCUGCCGGACUUCUAGUGAAGACUGUUGGCCCACAAAUUGUAAACGUUACAGAUGCCAAAGGAAGGGCCCCGCUGCAUGCGGCUGCUUAUUCAGGAAAUGUUGCUGGGCUCCAGCUGGUCCUGGCCCAGGGAGCUGAAGUCAAUGCUGUGGAUCAUUGUGGAUGCUCUGCUGUGAUGGUUGCUGCUGCCUGUGGACAGACUAUGGCUGUUGAGUUCUUGCUGCACAAAGCGAAACCAGACCUGACCCUGGUGGAUGUCAAUAAUAACACUGCCCUUCACUUAGCCUGCAUUAAGGGUCAUGAGAUGUGUGCCCUGUUGAUCCUUGGAGAGAUCAGCGACUCCUCCCUUAUAAAUGCAACAAACACCGCUCUCCAAAUGCCCCUUCACAUUGCAGCAAGAAAAGGUUUGGCGACUGUAGUGCAGGUGUUAUUGAGCAGAGGAGCAGCAGUCAUGGCUGUAGAUGAGGAAGGCCACACGCCAGCUCUGGCCUGUGCCCCAAACAAGAAUGUGGCAGACUGCCUGGCCUUGAUCCUCUCCACCAUGAAGCCUUUCCCACCGAGAGAAGCCGGCGCCGGUACAGCCUCUCACUUUAACCCCAUCCUAAAGAAUUGCGGCAUUGCUGCCACCUGUGGGUCCAGCAAUAACUUGUGCCACGCCUAAGUCAAGGUGCCGCACGGGUGUUUGAUGGAGGGAAAUUUCAUCCCAGUGUUGACACGAUACAGGAAUUUUAGACUUCUGAUCAAUACUUGAUAUUCAGUACCAUUUACCACAGGGAAAAAUUAACACAACAUUCAAGGCAUAAAAUCUUAGAUUAUUAUAAAACCGUCAUGUGCUUUUGCUACUUUUUUUUGUUGAUGCUAUUUGUAGUGUUAACACCUUUUUGUUAGCACUGCUCUGUAGCAUGGCUUGCAUAUGGGCGUGCUUGCAUCCUUUGCCUCAAAAGCAAAGCAUUUCCAAACAGCACUCCUGCUGUUUUUUUAUGUCAACUAAAACCACCCGCAAAAGCCCUUCACUUGCCAUCUUUAAUGAGCCAACACCAUAACAAAACCUGCAAGUUAUUAUAUUCAACCGGAGCAAAUAAGACAAGUGGCAAGAUCACUGUGAGUGAGAUGAGACAGGACUGUGUGUGUGUGUG